UCUAUCGAGCAGUGCAGAAUAUUUAGUUGUUGGCCUUUUGACAUAACCGGCACCAAAAAUGGGUAAAAUUAAAGGAGGUCCUGUUGUGGAAAUGCAGGGAGAUGAGAUGACGCGGGUGAUUUGGGACCUCAUCAAACAAAAACUGAUUUUACCAUUUGUAGAUCUAGAACUUCACACAUAUGACCUUGGCAUUGAAAACAGGGAUGCCACUGAUGAUCAAGUGACUAUAGAUGCUGCCUUUGCCAUUAAGAAAUACAACGUUGGUGUCAAGUGUGCCACUAUUACUCCAGAUGAGAAAAGAGUGGAAGAAUUUAAACUUAAGAAAAUGUGGAAAUCUCCAAAUGGAACGAUCCGUAACAUCCUGGGAGGUACUGUAUUCCGAGAGGCUAUAAUCUGUAACAACAUUCCCCGUUUGGUACCAGGCUGGACAAAGAGUAUUGUCAUUGGCAGACAUGCCUAUGGGGAUCAGUACAAAGCCACAGACUUUGUGGUGCCGGGUCCAGGAAAGCUUGAGAUGAAGUUCACUCCAAGUGAUGGAGGGGAGGCCAUGAACUACACAGUGUUUGAAUUCCAAGAUGGCGGUGGUGUUUCUUUAGGAAUGUACAAUACUGAUAAGAGUAUAACAGAGUUUGCACACAGCUCGUUUGUGUUUGCCCUGGAGAAAGGUUGGCCUCUUUACUUGAGUACUAAGAACACAAUUCUGAAGAAGUAUGAUGGACGAUUCAAGGACAUUUUUCAGGAGAUCUACGACAGAGAAUACAAGUCCAAGUUUGAAGCAAAGUCUAUCUGGUAUGAGCAUCGCCUCAUUGAUGACAUGGUGGCUUAUGCAAUGAAGUCAGAAGGAGGUUUUGUGUGGGCAUGCAAGAACUAUGAUGGUGACGUCCAAUCAGACUCUGUUGCUCAAGGUUUUGGAUCUCUGGGAAUGAUGACUAGUGUCCUGAUUUGUCCAGAUGGUAAAACAAUAGAGUCAGAAGCUGCCCAUGGAACCGUUACAAGACACUUUAGAUUACACCAGCAGGGCAAGGAGACCUCCACCAAUUCUAUAGCCUCCAUAUUUGCUUGGACAAGGGGUUUGAUACACAGAGCCAAACUGGACAAGAACAGUAGUCUGAAACAGUUUGCUGAGAAUUUGGAGCUUUCUUGUGUGGAAACAAUCCAGUCUGGCAUUAUGACAAAAGAUUUGGCCAUUUGUAUCAAAGGAAUGAAUGGAAUUACUCGCAAGGACUACCUGAACACCUUUGAGUUCAUUGACAAAGUAGCAGAGGAUCUUGAAAAGAGAAUGGGACAAUCCAGUUGACUAGGCCUGGAUGAUGAACCAGCUAGUCGACUUUAAAGCCUGCUGUGAACAUCAUACUUAGGAUUUUAAAAUUAAGGACUGAUUGUGACAAUAUAGGUGAUAUUUUUUCCAAUAUAUGAGGUUUUUGCAAGAUUAAGGAUUUAUUGAAAUUGGGGCAUUGUUGUUUACUAGGGAAAUUAAUUGAUGCCAAAAUCAGUUAAUUGAAUACAUGUUAAUGAUUCUGUUUAGCUAGUGUCUUUGUUUCAGCUUAGUUUUAGGGAAUAGUGUAUGUGUUCUUAUUUAAGUUUCAUUACCAUACAGAAUUAUUCUAGAAUGUUUUAAAAAUCAAAAUGUAUUUUUUGUGAUUAAUUUUCUUGAAUUAAUUUGGCAUUUGUAAUUGUUCAGUAAUGUCAUACAGUAAGACCUCAUUAAAUCAUGCUCCUUGGGACCAUGUCAAUAGUUUAAGGAAUAUGGCGUAUUCAGGUAAUCAGAGAUUGGUUAUUGAUGGUCCUGUAUGGACAAUCCAUGUCCUUGAAUGACUUCUUCAAUACACAGUUCUUUGACCAGUCAAAUUUAUAAUCAUUUUUUGAUUGACUAAAAACGUCAAUUUGUCUCAAAUUUUAAUGGAGAGAAUUAUAUAAAAAUGGUAUCGCAACACCAAUCUGAAUUCUACAGUAAGUAUGUAAUUGAUGGUUUCUUAAGCUUAGUGUAUGUAGUAAAUAGGAGGUGGAUUUACAGCAUUCCAUAUAAAUUGAUGAAUAAUUAAUACAUUAAGUCAUCAAAUUGCAAAGAAAAUCUUUAAAACUGUUAUGGGACCAAAUACUAUAUACCUGCAAUACUUUUCAUUUCUGGUAAGUGGAAUUUGCAGAGUAACAGAAAAGAUGCGAACAAUCUUGACGUAAACAUGUGUACAUAACUUACAUGCAAUUAAUGUGUCAUUGGAACAGUUACCCUGAAGUUGAUCACAGUUCUGUGAUAGAGAUAAAUUGUUCAACAAAUAGAGGGAGGAAAUACUAUGAACAUGAAAAGAUUGGGGUAAAAAUAAGUUUGAGGAAUGCAUGGUAUUUAAGGAAUAAUGGGUCGAGGAAUUGGAGGUUGAAUAACUAGAAACACUUAAGAAGGACAUGGCUAGGACAAAGCGACUUGUUCGAUGAUUAGGGGUAUUCAAGGAAAACGGGGUCAAGUAAAUGGGGUUUUACUGUAUUUGUGUUCUGUUUUUUAUUUUGAUGUUUCAGGUCUUGUAUUGAGAAAUAUUUCUGCUGCUUUUGCUUCCUUAUUGUCUAUAGAAAAUUGUUGAUUUAUGGAAUUUCAUUGUUUCUGCGAAUUUGAUCGCAAGGAUCCAAUCACUGUUUGAUAAAAUUCCCCUGAUAUUCUAUAUUAUCUGAGUAUGCAGAUUUCCAUAAAUAGUCCCUUUCCACGAAUUUGAUGGCUAGGAUCUCAUCAUACACAGAUUGAUAGAGUGUUACUUUCUUGUGAUCUUCAUGGUAAUAUUAGUGCUGAUUGGUGAAAUUUCAUUCGUGAAAUUUCAUUCGUGAAAUUGGAUGUUAGAAACUUGUUAGUUUAACUUCCUAUAUAGAUCAUUGUUUGAAUUAAAAAAGAAACAUUGAGAGAUUAUACAUCAUACUAUUGAGUGUAAUUGUGGUAUGGAAGAAUGAAUACUAGAUUGUAAUCAUGGUGGUUCUAAUGUGUUUGUUUUUGGUAAAAACUUAUUCUUUCCAUUGUUAGUGAUAUGAAAAUGUGUUUAAAAGAUAAAACAUGAUUAUCCCCCUUCUGUUAAGGGACAUUCAUGACCAUAGUUUGACACAGAUCUGUGGAAAAGUACAAUCACCAGAACAGUUUUUUAGAACAAAACCUGCAGUGUUUCACUCUUUGGAAUUUAAAUGCUGCAAAGUGUGUCUAUAUUUGAUAUUAACAAUACUAAUGUUCAAUUAAUAUAUAACCAGACACUUGUUAAUACUAUCUAAAUUUUGUCUUUUCUCUUUCUAUGUUACAUUUAAACAUAAUCUCAAAUAUUGUAAAAACUUGUUGCAGUAAAUGUAAACAAUGGUCAAUUAA